ACCGUAUAAACGUUUAAUAUACUCGAAAUAUCAUGUUUUUUAUUUCAGUCGAUCCAGUUUUUUAGACGAAAAAUAUACUGCAAAAUGCAGUUACUCUGCUUGUUGUUAUUUAUAGGAGUUGCGCAAUGUGAUGAUUCGACUGUAUUGCCAACUUCUUAUGAUAAUUUGGGUGUACCAAAUGCUGUCGAAUAUGUAUCGCAUUAUCAAUUAUCAGUUCAAACAUCAUAUAUAACUUCAGUUGAAUGUAUGUUAUCAUCAAAUAAUUAUAUACAAAGUGGAUUUAUUGAAAUUGAUAGUAGCUCAAAUGAUAUUGCAACAAAUUUAAUAAUGACAUUUAAAAAUAACUUUGGAAGUUUAGAAAAUACGAUAUUCGGCUUACAAAGUGAUGUCGAUAAAGAAUCGAAAGACAAGCUUAAUUCUAUAUUGUACAUGACAACCACAUAUUACCAAAAUAAACAGGUAACUGUUACAAAAACAGAAACAAUGCUCGGCCAAGUAACAGAAAUACAACAAGCGCAAUCAAUUUUAACGGCAAGACGUUGUGAAUCAGAAUACAUUAACUUUAUGAAUGACAUUACAACGAUAAAAUCAAAUUAUAAUAGUGGACAGACUAAUGCAAAUAAUAUUAAUAAUAAUCAAUGGGCUACUCUGGUGAAACAGUAUUACGACGCAAGACAAACUGUAGUUAGUAAUACGAAUGUGUACACAUCAAUUAGAGAUGCGUUUUUGUUUGGUAGUGGAAUAAAUUUGUGUAAAGGAUCUCAAAAUACUGAUCAAUCGUUACUGGGUAUAUACAGCACUGAUGAUUUAUCAACGUACUUUGGAAAAAAUGAUAAUUGCGCAUCCACAUUAUUUCAUCAGACGGUCACACAAAUGUAUAAAAUUUAUAAGAGCUCAUUGGCUGUUAUUUAUUUAAAAUCUGUAGUUCAUUCAGAAAGUGAUUUAGCAAUGCGAGUUACGAUGUGGCAACAAGUGAAUUUAGUUCGAGCGAACUUUGAGUAUAUGAGUCAAAAUAUAGACAUGUUUAUAAAAACAACAAAAACAGACGCUGAAUCUACUUAUAAUGCUAAUUCUGAGGAAUACAAAAAAAUAAUGAUAACUUUACACACUUGUGUGAAUAAAAUGCUUAUAACGGUUGUUAAAUCUACUGAGGUGCAUUAUAAGCGAGCGUUGAACUUUAAUCCCGAUGGAAGUAUGAUUACAACUGAUUACAAUCAAUUUAAAGUUGAUACGAUUGAUACAUAUUAUAAAAAUAUUCUUUGGAAUAAUCCUAAUGCAGCUCGUUAUGAUAUACGUCUAAUUAAUGAAAAAGACUGUUCAUUACCAACACCAGAUAUGUGUAUACCACAGAAUAUGUACUCGUUACAAAUAAAUAAAUUAGUUUUUCAAACUUUUAUAUGUCAAAUAAAUAAUAUAAAUGCAAAAAUAAAAACAACGAAGUGUAAUAACUCAACUGUGGAUUAUUGGAUAUAUGAUAAAAUCACAAUAAUAGAAUUAAAAUGCUCAGUCGUAUUUUCAAAGUGUUCAGUGACUGUAAACAAAAUUUUUAUUAUAAAUAGUGCCACUUAUACAUAUAUUGUAAUGACCACGGACAAAACGGACCAAAGUACUCAGACUACUGAAGUUCAAAAAGUUUUAGAUCAAACUAAAAAUGAUGUAGUUGGAACACUAUGUGUACAUACAAAGGAGUUAACUGAAACGUCUAAUACUGUUGAGAAUUUUAUAUAUACGAAUAGUAAUAAUAAAAACGCCUCAUCAAUAAUAUUUAAACCUAAUCAAAAUCUCACUCCCAAACCAUCAACGCAAGGUACCUCACCGACUUACCCAACCCCUACUUAUUCUCCACAACCGGGACCAUCAGGAACUACACAGGGCUCACCGACUUACCCAACUCCUACUUAUUCUCUACAACCGGGACCAUCAGGAACUACACAGGGCUCACCGACUUACCCAACUCCUACUCCUUCUUCACAACCGGGAAGUCCAGGAGGUCCAGGAAGUACUGAAAGUCCAACAUACACAGGAAAUAAUAUUAAUACCGACAUCCAAUAUACGUUUAUAACAUCUGAUACACAAAUAACACAAUUUGUACAGAAUUAUCAAACUUCUGUUGAGGAAAAAAUAACGAUAAGUUUAAAAAACGUUCAGGAAUCAGAAAAAACUGAUUACUCGUUAGUAGUAAUAAAAUCAUUGGAAAUUAGUCAACAAAUAUAUCAGUGCAAUAUAGAUUAUCUUAAUUGCAUAGUUUCAGAUUCAUUACAAUAUAUAUCUCAACAGACAACUCCUGGUUCUCAAGAGUAUACAAAUGCAUUAAUCGUAAUAUAUAGAGAUUUAGAGGAAAAAGUGUCAGAACUAUCUUCGACGAUGGAAAUACCAUUAAAGAGAACUUUUUAUCCGUUAACAUCUAAUGAAUACAAUUGUGUGUCUCAAUCUGUUGAUUACAGUAAAUUUGUCAACAAUUUUUAUCAAUAUUUUGAUGUGAAAAUCGAAGAAAUAUAUAAUACGCAAAACGAUGCUGAUUUAUUCCUAACAAAUAGUAUAACACAAUUUAAUAUGAUAUAUAACAAGGUUAACACGGCAGUUCAACAAGCACCGGACGAUGCUUACAAAAAUUUUUUAUUAUGCUAUUUACAAAAAACUAUGACUGUUUAUACACAAACAACCAACUAUUUUAAAGAACAAAUUGUUCAAACACAACAGUUUAUUUCUGAAACCGGAGAUAACAGCAAAGUUGCGUUUUAUAAUGAAAUAACACAACGGAUGAAUUCAUUUACUGUACUUUACUCUAGUGUUCUUAUAAAGUGCUAUCAAUAUUCCAUGGACAGUAAUUCUAUUACAAUAUAUCAAUCUGAAUAUGACGUUAUCGUUGUUGAUACAACAAUAGUAAGUAGUUAUACUGAAACCACCUAUAGUUAAAUUGAAUUUGAAGUGCCACCAUAAGUAUUAUAACUAGUUGCUGAAAUUUGAAAAAUUAGGAGUUUAAACUCGCAUUAUAAAUUAUAUUAUACCAUAAAUUUAUCUCUGUAUACAUUUUACAAGAAAUAGAGUAUAUUUAAGAAUUUAUGUUCGGAUUAAUCGUAAAAA